AUGAAUAGAAAAACACUGCUUCCGCAUACAGAAGAAUAUCUUUCCCGAUUGUCCGACUUACUAGAAUUAUCUCUUGAACCAACAGACUGUAAUCUUUUAAACGGUGAAGUAGUAGUGGUCAAUGGACAUACUUCUUCUUCUACUUCUUCUUUUAUGAAUGGACACAUCAACAACAAGUCAUCUGUUAACCAGACUGGUUUAGGCAUAACAGAACAAGGUUUUCUCUAUGAAGCAGCAGCACAGCUUAUUGCAGGUGGCGGUGGCAGUGGCGUUGGUGGGAAUGUCUCAGAUGAUGGUGAUCGUAUUGGACAAUUGUUUCGUGUUCUCCUUACACCUGUUAUGAUUCAAUAUGAUCAAUUUGUUACAAAGUAUAUCACGGAACAAAAUCCUAAAUUAGCUGAAGUACGUGGAGUGCUAGUGAAACAAGUCACUGAUCUUAUCACAAGAACCACCAAAGUGUUUUCUCAGCCAAAAUCAGUGAUCACUUCAGGUUGUGAAGCUGUCUUAAUCGAUGCAAUGCGACUUAUCAUUUCAGAGUUGUCACGUUUUCCUACAGAAGCGGCUAGUCCAGGACGACAAGCUGCUUGUGCUGGAGUUCGUGCUUUCCUUCAUCGUAUGGUGGCUUGUAUUAUGCCAUCACCAUCACCAGCAUCAUCCGCACCAGGUGAAUCUGGGAACACCAGCAGCUCUGUAACUUCGGAUAUGUUAUUGGCUGCACUUGUAGAUGCUGUACCCCAACUUGUGAAACCUUUACGAUCUACUACAAGCUCAUGUUAUAAUGGUGGUGGUAGUCAUCAGUUAUCGGAUAUUAUGGUGGAUGCUGAACAACGUUGGAAAGAAAUCAGAGAUGUUAUACCACUUGUUACACAAGUACUACUCAGAUAUAAGAAUCAAAGUAUUCCAUUCCUGUCGACGUGUCUGCCAGGUCUAUUGGAAGCGAUCAUGAAUGCUUUAAAUGAACCACUUCCAUCAGAUCAACCAACAUUAAGUGAAGAAAGAAAACUUCUACGUCGUGGUUAUCUCCAGUUAUUACAAAGUAUAUAUCAGUCAGUACCUGAUGUAUUUUCACAGCUUAUUAGUGAAAAUAUUGUACAAAGUCUUUCCACAGUUUUAGGACAAGUUCAAGCCUGCCUAGAAUGUGAAGAUCCAGUUGGUCUACGCUCAGGCAUAAUAUUAUUUUUACAAUUAAUACAAUCAGCUGGCCAUGAUACACGAUUCUAUGAAGAUUUUCUAUUGUUACACUUUAUUCCAUUUUGUAUACUUGCUCCAAUCUCUCCUGCAUUUCAUACAACUGAUGGUCAAUUCAUAUUGAUUUUAGAUAAAAUUUCUGAGUGCCUAUAUAUUUUAUCACAGAAACAGGAUGGCCUUCAUACUUAUUUAAAAGACUAUUUUCUACCAAGACAACAAUUAUCUCCGGAAUUGAUUCAAUCGUAUACUACUGCUUUAAAAUCGAAUCUUAAGGAUUUUCAAUCAUUCAUUAGGAGUUUCUAUUCACGUUUCCAUUAACCAACUACUGAUCUCAAGUCGAAAUAUUAUGGAGAAAAUAUCCAAUAUCAAAAAUAGGCUUGAUUUGGAUUCCAAAUAGAUCAACUUCCUAUGCGUGUGUUUGUAUGUGUAUCUAUGUAUGUAUGUAUGAAUGUAGGUGUGUUAUUGUGUAUUUCAUUCGUCAUGCUUUUAUCCCUUGUAUAAAGAAAAAAACUGGAGAAAUGAAGAAGAACAGCCAUGUGUGUCUUAACCAACCAACCCCUACCCUCCUUCAAUCAAUCUCCACCUCGCCCCGGCCCCGCCGCCCUCCUUAUGCAUAUUCAUAGACCUAGAC